AUGUUAUCGUCAGACGAUUUUCUCACAUUGUUACAAUCAAUCCAAACAAAUUUAUUGCAAAUCGGUGGUCCAAUACUAUUAGUGUGUGGUGUUAUUGGUUGUGUCAUCAAUCUGAUUGUUUUCGCUCAGAAAAAUCUACGUAAAAGUCCAUGUUCCAUCUAUUUGAUAGCAGUGAAUAUCGGUAAUUUAUUAAACAUUACUUUACCAAUAUUAUUCUUUAUAUUAGCAUAUGGCUAUGACAUAGAUCUUACUACACAUAAUCUCUUCAUGUGUCGUUUCUAUUAUUAUACAACGUAUUUAUUUGAUAUUCUCAGUGCCUUUUAUCUUAUUUUAGCUUCAAUCGAUCGAGUAUUAGUCACAUCAUCAAAUGUUCGAACACGGCAAAAAAGCACUCGUCGUUUAGCUUAUAUUUGCAUUGGUAGUGGAACAUUAUUUUGGAUUUUGUUUCAUUGUCAUACAUUAUUCCUAACAGAUAUCCAAGAAAUAGCACCUGGUUAUUUUACGUGUUAUUAUCGAGCUGGCGCAUACGUCGUUUUCACGGGUUAUUAUUCAUUCCGUUCAUUACUUACUGAUGAUUAUCAAAUAAAUAAUCUGGAAAAAUCAUUUAAUGAAUAUUUUCAUUUAUAUUGUCCACAAGCAUUUCGUCGUAUUGUUUGUGAUGAAAAUAGUUUAUUAAAUGGAGAAAUUAUCGAAUGUGAUCAUAAAAAAGAAAGAAAAAUCUUCUCAUCAGAAUCAAGAACAAAUGAAAGUGUUUUAAACUAUCUCAAUGAUAAUUAUUUCGUUGAAGAUUUAGGUGCAUUUUAUCUUAUCUUAGCUUCAAUCGAUCGAGUUUUAGUCACAUCAUCAAAUACUCGAACUCGACAAAGAAGCACUCGUCGUUUAGCUUAUGUUUGCAUUGGUAGUGGAACAUUAUUUUGGAUACUGUUUCAUUGUCAUACAUUAAUCCUAACAGAUAUUCAAGAAAUAGCACCUGGCUAUUCUAUAUGUUACGCUCGAGCAGGUCGAUACGUCGUUUUCCUAGAACGUCGUGACACUCUACUUGAAACAGAUGAAAAUGGCACUGCCAAAAUAACUGAUAUUCAAGGAGGCCAAAUUCGACGAAAUAUUAUAUUAAAAGAAAGAUUACCUGAUCCAAAUGGAAAAGUAGUGACUUUUCUUUUAAACAGUGAUGGUAUAGUAUUAAAGAAAUUUAAUCGUUCAGUUUGGAUUACUUAUAUGGUCGUUAACGAAUUACCUCGAAAAAUAAGAUUUAAUAAUAAUAACACUGUUGCUUGUUGUAUAUCUAUGGGUGGUACUAAACCGAAAAAAGAUCAAUUCCAAGAUUUUAUAAUCGAUUGA